GGGGCCGGAGCGUGCGCGCUGCGCGGGCGGCGCGGCCCGAGAACAAGGGCCGGGGCCGGGCGGGGGGCGCGAUGGCGGCGGCCGAGACCAAGAUCAUUUACCACCUGGACGAGCAGGAGACGCCGUACCUGGUGAAGCUGCCGAUCCCGGCCGAGCGCGUCACCCUCGGCGACUUCAAGGGCCUCCUGAACCGCCCCAACUACAAGUUCUACUUCAAGUCCAUGGACGACGACUUCGGGGUGGUGAAAGAAGAAAUCUCGGAUGACAAUGCCAAGCUUCCCUGCUUCAACGGCCGGGUGGUGUCGUGGCUGGUGUCUGCAGAGGGUUCCCAUUCAGAUGCUGGCUCAGUCUGUGCCGAUAACCAAACAGAGCUGCCACCCUCCAUGGAACGCACUGGAGGAAUUGGAGACUCCAGGCCCCCCUCUUUCCACCCUAACACUGGGGGGAGUCGGGAAAACUUGGACAAUGAGACAGAGACAGACUCGGUGGUGUCGUCGCAAAGGGAACGACCUCGUCGGAAAGAUGGGCCUGAGCAUGCACCCAGGGUGAAUGGGACAGUGAAAGGAGAGCGGCGCCGAGACCUGGGUGGGUACGAGAGCUCCUCCACACUCAUGAGCAGUGAGCUGGAGACGACCAGCUUCUUCGAUUCAGAUGAAGAUGACUCCACCAGCAGGUUUAGCAGUUCAACAGAGCAAAGCAGUGCUUCCCGUCUAAUGAGGAGGCACAAGCGACGCCGGCGGAAACAGAAGGCUCCACGCAUUGAGCGGUCCUCGUCCUUCAGCAGCAUCACAGACUCCACUAUGUCCCUGAACAUCAUCACGGUCACGCUGAACAUGGAAAAAUACAACUUCCUGGGCAUUUCCAUUGUGGGACAGAGCAAUGAGCGUGGGGAUGGAGGCAUUUAUAUUGGCUCCAUCAUGAAGGGUGGUGCUGUGGCAGCUGAUGGCAGGAUUGAGCCAGGAGACAUGCUCUUGCAGGUAAAUGACAUCAACUUUGAGAACAUGAGCAAUGAUGAUGCUGUGCGGGUGCUGAGAGAGAUUGUACACAAGCCAGGGCCCAUCACCCUGACGGUGGCCAAGUGCUGGGACCCUAGCCCCAGAGGCUGCUUCUCGUUACCCAGGAGUGAGCCCAUCAGGCCCAUCGACCCGGCAGCCUGGGUGUCUCACACAGCAGCGAUGACUGGCACCUACCCAGCGUACGGUAUGAGUCCAUCCAUGAGCACAAUCACUUCCACCAGCUCCUCCAUCACCAGCUCCAUCCCAGAGACCGAACGACUCGAUGACUUUCACCUGUCCAUCCACAGCGACAUGGCCACCAUUGUCAAAGCCAUGGCCUCACCAGAGUCAGGCCUGGAGGUGCGGGACCGCAUGUGGCUGAAGAUCACCAUCCCCAAUGCCUUCAUUGGUUCGGAUGUGGUGGAUUGGCUCUAUCACCAUGUGGAGGGCUUUACAGACCGUCGUGAAUCCCGCAAAUAUGCCAGCAAUUUGCUGAAGGCUGGCUACAUCCGACACACCGUGAACAAGAUCACCUUUUCAGAGCAAUGCUAUUACAUCUUCGGUGACCUCUGUGGAAACAUGGCUAAUCUUUCUCUUCACGAUCACGAUGGCUCCAGUGGUGCCUCUGAUCAGGACACUCUGGCUCCACUUCCCCACCCAGGAGCCGCACCCUGGCCUAUGGCUUUCCCAUACCAGUAUCCACCACCUCAUCCAUACAACCCCCAUCCCGGCUUCCCUGACCCAGGCUACAGCUAUGGAGGGGGAAGCGCAGGCAGCCAGCACAGUGAAGGGAGCCGGAGCAGUGGUUCCAACCGCAGUGGCAGCGAGAGAAGGAAGGAGAGAGAGAAGACUGGCGAGUCCAAGUCAGGUGGCAGUGGAAGCGAGUCGGACCACACCACGAGGAGCAGCAUGCGGCGUGAGCGCGCAGCCAGCGAGCGCUCGGUGCCGGCCAGCCAGCACAGCCAGCGUAGCCAGCACUCUCUGGCUCACAGCAUCCGCAGCCACCACAGCCAGCAGUCGUAUGGGCCGCCCGGCCUCCCCCCUCUCUUCAGCCCCCCCAUGUUGCUGAUGCCUCCACCGCCUUCAGCCAUGGGGCCCCCUGGGGCACCGCCAGGUCGUGACCUGGCCUCUGUGCCCCCCGAACUGACAGCCAGUAGACAGUCCUUCCGAAUGGCCAUGGGCAACCCCAGUGAGUUCUUUGUGGAUGUAAUGUGAAGCGCCCGUCCCCUGUCUGUCUGCUGCCCCUCCUUCCUCCCCUCCAACCCCGUCGUUUGUCUCCUAGGACCAGCCCUGGCUUCACCCCUUGUUUUUUUGGGGUUUUUUUGGGGGGUUUGUUGUUUUUUUUUUUUUUGGUCUUGAUAAGGAAAAGAAAAAAGGGAAAAAGUAAUAAAUGGAACUAAACCUUGAUUCUAAUCCCUCCUCGAGUCGGGUGGACAGGCCUGGGAGGCCUGCUGGGUGCUGCCAGCCCAUCCCGCCACCAGACUUGUGUAUUGCUGAUGGUAAUUCCCUCCUGCCAUCCUCUCUAACCCCAUUAAUCUGCAUCCGUCCCAGCGCCCUGUGCUGCUUGCCCGUGUGUCACUGCUGCCUCAGUCCUUCCACCCUAAACAUUUCUUCUUUCUUCUCACCCUUUUGUGUUUCUUCUAUCAAGCAGCAAAGAAUUACGGGGUGUUUGACUUUCUCUGAGCCUGCCGCCUGUGGGGGGGGAGAGCUGGAGCAUGGCGUGGCCCGACAGGAGGACACGGAGCUCCAAGGGCGCUGGGCACGCAUGGUGCUGAAGAUGGCUUCUUACCUCCCCCUCAUGGAAGACGCCCUGCCCUUCCCACAGCCCUGAGAGGGGAGGGGAGCAGGGACCAGCCUUAUAUACAUGUUUUACAUCCCGUUGUAGUUGCCUUUUGGCUAAUGCAUGAAUGUUCCAGGGCUUCAGUGCCUCCAGGUAGUAGAGAGAUGCUGCCACUUCCCUCUUGCCUCUCUCCUCUUGCCCACAUAUUGGGCCAGGGCCAAGCCUGGCACCGCCCCAUGGCAGGGACCCUCCUUCACUCUGCUUUGGCCAUGAGGCUUGGGGCUGUAUCUCUGUGGUCAGCCCAGAGCAGCAGUGGGUGCCUGUGCACAGCCUUCCAUGGCUCAGGGCCCUGUACCUUCCCUUGGGUACUUGGGGGUCAUUUAACGGCAGAGUUCUGCUCCCUCCAUCCUACUCUUUGCCCUCCUCCUGCCUGCGACACAUGGCUGCCUGUCGCGUUUGUAGGGGCUGUCUUCUGCCUGGGGCAGCCGUGGCUUUUUCCCUGCUGCUGCUCAGCAUUGUGACACCUUCAUGCGCCUGGAUGGAGUUAGAAGACAUGGGAGGGUCACAAGUGUUUUGUUUAAUGCCUUGGGGGAAACGUGGAAGGCCCCCCCCGCCCCCGGUAUUUGUCCUACACAAGGCUUGAGCCUACCUCGUCCUCUUCCCAGCGCCACAAGCUCUGCUGGCCUGGCUGCUAGAAGCGAUGAGGCUCUGCUCCCUCUGGGCUGUGAAUGGCAGCUGGCAGCAACACAAGCUCUCUGGGAGGGAGGUGGGAGGCUACAGCCUGAACUGUGGCCCCUGGGCUUGGUGCCUGCAGCUGUGUUGGGACACCUGAGUCCAUUUGCUCCAGAACUCCCUGCCCUUUUUCUUUCCUCUUCUGUGUACUCGGAGACGUGCCUCAGGCUGGGGGCUGCCCCCUCCCUCAUGCCUAGGGCCAAGCACCGUACGGUACAGACACGCUCAACCCCGUUCCUGUUGGUGCUGGCGCUCCGGCGCCCUUUCCUACCUUGCCACACCGUGGCUUUCUCUGCAAGUGUUCCCUCCUCUUGUCUUUCUUGUGUUUGCAGAUUUUAUAACGCUGGAGAUGAAAUGUUUUGCUCUUUGGGGGUCUGGGUUGCCCCUGCCAGCUCUCUGCCAUCAGUUCAUCUCCUUUCCCUCUGCCUGCCGGGGUUUGCCUGUCUCAUGCCCGCUCUCUGCCACUCUCCUUUCCCUGAUCUCAGCACCGGCAAGCCACCGCCUAUCCCUCCUGUCCCGAUGUCACCCAGCAGCCUCCCCAGCCACUGCUCAUGCCCUUGCCCUACCCUGCCUGCUGGGUUUUAUAAAAACAAAAA